AUGGAAUCCCAAAGUGAAGACCCCCAAGCAUCUGCUCAGAGAUAUGGAGAUGAAAACAUUGAAGAAAGCACCCUUUUCGAAGAAUCAAAGGUCCAGAAGAAAACUCGUUCAUCUCGAAUAUGCCCACCUAGAGGGAGAUUGAACAGAGUAAUAACAUAUGGUGCCCUCACAGUGGUAUUUUUGGUUGGAGUCUGGUCCUAUGCAGGCGAAGAAGUUUUUCCUGGUGGAGGCCUAUUUGGAAUGUUAAUUAUUCUCUAUUGUGCUGCUAUCGGUGGCAAACUUUUGCAAUUCAUUAGGAUCCCUUUCGUGCCUCCACUACCUCCUCUUCUUGGGAUGUUGCUUGCUGGUUUCAUCAUCAGAAACACUCCAGUCAUCCAAGAUUAUGUUCAUGUCAGUCAAGUUGUGUCUUCCUAUUUGAGAAAUACUGCCCUUACCAUUAUCUUGGUACGAGCUGGGCUUGGGCUUGAUCCACAGGCCCUGAAGAAAUUAAAAGGAGUUUGUUUAAGAUUAUCCAUUGGUCCCUGUUGUUUGGAGGCAUGCUCAGCUGCUGUUUUUUCUCACUUUAUUAUGAAGUUUCCAUGGCAAUGGGGAUUUCUGUUAGGCUUUGUCCUAGGUGCAGUUUCUCCUGCUGUUGUGGUCCCCUCAAUGCUGAUGCUACAAGAACAAGGAUAUGGUGUCAAAAAGGGGAUCCCCACCUUGCUCAUCGCUGCCAGCAGCUUUGAUGAUAUUCUGGCUAUCACUGGCUUCAAUACAUUCUUAAGUAUAACAUUCUCUUCAGGUCCUGUAUAUAAGAAUGUCAUCAGCGGUUUUUAUGAAACAGUAGUUGGUGUGGCGACAGGAAUUGUUUUGGGAUUUUUUGUUCGCUACUUUCCAAGUAAUGAUCAGCCUGCCGUUGCCUGGAAGAGAGCGUUCCUCCUUAUGGGUUUAUCUAUUGUGGCUGUCAUAGGCAGCAAUCGUAUCGGUUUACACGGAGCUGGAGGACUAACUGCAAUCCUGUUGACUUUUGUUUCAGCAGUAGGGUGGAAUGAUGAAAAGGCAAAAGUGCAGAAAAUAAUUGCAGACGCAUGGCAUAUUUUUCAACCACUUCUUUUUGGCCUGGUUGGAGCAGAGGUUUCUGUUGAGAAUCUUGAAUCAAAUACUAUCGGCAUCUGUGUUGCUACACUGAGCUUGUCGUUGUUGGUUCGAAUUUUUGUCACAUUCUUAUUGGUGUCUUUUGCUGGUUUUUCAUUUAAGGAAAAAUUGUUCAUUUCCUUGGCAUGGAUCCCCAAAGCCACUGUUCAGGCUGUAUUAGGCCCUCUUGCUUUAGAAACAUCAAGAAGUAAGAACUUAACUCAAUUGGAAGUAUACGCAAAGAACGUGAUGACCAUGGCGUUUCUGGCGAUCUUGAUCACAGCUCCAAAUGGGGCUCUACUCAUUGGUUUGGUGGGGCCUAAGGUGCUUUCAUUAGAUAAUCCUGAAGAAGCAACAGAGAUGAUUUCUUUAGCACAUUAG